AUGUCGUCAAGACCAAAGUUAUUGUCUUUUGAUGCAUUUGCAAAGACAGUAGAAGAUGCUAGAAUCAAAACAACUUCAGGUGGGAUUAUUACUUUAAUAUGUAUUUUAAUAACGUUAGUGUUAAUUCGAAACGAAUACGUUGAUUAUACCACAAUUAUAACUCGUCCUGAAUUAGUAGUGGAUCGUGAUAUCAACAAACAAUUGGAUAUCAACUUAGAUAUAAGUUUUAUUAAUCUUCCUUGUGACUUGAUUUCCAUUGAUUUACUCGAUGUCACUGGAGAUUUAAGUUUGAAUAUUAUUGAUUCCGGAUUGAAAAAAAUUAGAUUGUUGAAAAAUAAACAAGGUGAUGUUAUUGUUAACGAAAUUGAAGAUGACGAACCCGCUUUUAAUAAUGAUAUUGAAUUAACUGAUUUAGCUAAGGGGUUGCCUGAAGGAUCAGAUGAAAAUGCAUAUUGUGGGUCUUGUUAUGGAGCAUUACCUCAAGAUAAAAAACAAUUUUGUUGUAAUGAUUGUAACACUGUCCGUAGAGCAUAUGCAGAAAAGCAUUGGUCGUUUUAUGAUGGUGAAAACAUUGAACAAUGUGAAAAAGAGGGCUAUGUUGCCAGAUUAAGAGAAAGAAUUAACAACAACGAAGGUUGUCGUAUCAAGGGAACAACCAAGAUCAAUCGUGUAUCUGGUACUAUGGAUUUUGCUCCUGGUGCCUCAUUCACUCGUGAAGGAAGACAUUUCCAUGAUUUGUCCUUGUAUACAAAAUACGAAGAUAAAUUCAAUUUUGAUCACAUAAUCAAUCACUUGUCAUUUGGUGAAAUGCCCGUAGAUGGACAAGCUGAUCAACUAUUCGAUUCCAUCCAUCCAUUAGAUGAUCAUCAAUUUAUGUUGCACAAAAAGGCCCAUCUUGUUUCAUACUAUUUGAAAGUUGUUGCCACAAGAUUUGAGAGUUUAGAUUAUAAGAAUAGAAUAGAUACUAACCAGUUUUCUGUUAUAACUCAUGAUAGACCAUUAAGAGGAGGGAAAGAUGAAGAUCACCAACAUACUUUACAUGCUAGAGGAGGUAUUCCUGGGGUCAAUUUCAAUUUUGAUAUUUCGCCAUUGAAAAUCAUUAAUCGUCAACAAUAUGCUAAAACCUGGUCAGGAUUUGUAUUAGGUGUCAUUAGUUCGAUUGCUGGUGUUUUGAUGGUGGGUACAUUGUUGGAUCGAUCUGUUUUCGCUGCCCAACAAGCAAUUAAAGGGAAAAAAGAUAUAUAG